GCAGGCGGCUCCGGGCUCGCGCUCGCUCGCUGCCCAGGUUGUCAAGGCGCUCGUGAUUUUUUUUUUUUAUUCUCUUCGUCGCGAGUGGACGGUGACAGCUCAGCUCGUCUCGCUCACGUGUUGGACUGAGCUUUGUUUAUCGGGUUUAUUUUGUCUUUGCUCGGAUAUAUAUUUUUGUGGGGGUUUUUGAGUCAUUGACGGACUCCCAGCAGCCCAUUUGCCAACCUCGUGCUGAACCCUGCCGGCUCAAACACCGUGACUCCAAACUGACAGACAGGGGAAAAAAGUGGACAGAUAAACCAAUAGGAGGCCAAGGGAGGGUGAAACUUCCCUAUUGUAGAGUGGCAGCCAGAGUUAAAGAAGAAGAGCACAUGAGGAGCGGAAGCAACGUGGCAUCAACAUCCUGACCGGUAACCUUGCUUCUGCACCCCACCACGUGCCCGGCAACUCCAGAAGUGACCGUCAGCAGGAAGGAAACAAGUGACCACUCCUCCUGCAGGCAUGAGGUCCUUUCGUUCCUUCAGUAACGAUGACCGCCACGUCAUGGCGAAACACUCCACCAUCUACCCCUCCUCUCAAGAGCUGGAAGCAGUUCAGACACUGGUAUCCACUGUCGAGUGUGCCCUCAAACAUGUCUCUGAUUGGAUGGAUCAGAGCAGCUGCGAAGUCCACAACCAGUUUGACAGCCAACCAGCAGACAGCACAGAGGAGGACGACCCUGGUGAUGAGCCCAGCGAAGAAACUGAGGAUUCAAGUGAUUGCUACAGGGAGUCCAGCGGUGGCGGCUUGUUGUGUGGAGUGAUGAGGAUCGGCCUAGUGGCCAAAGGACUCCUGAUCAAAGGCGACAUGGACCUGGAGCUGGUGCUGAUGUGCAGAGACAAACCCACACAGACAUUGCUGGACACUGUCUGUCACAAUUUACCCACACAGAUUGAGAAGCUGACAGGAGAGAAAUAUGAGGUCACAAGCUCGUUGCCUGAGGCAGCCAUCUUGGUAAAAACGACAACAGAGCCUAAACUCACUUUGAAGAUUACCCUCACCUCACCGGCCAUGAGGGAAGAUGACGAGGAAGAAGAGGAGGAGGAGGAAUUGGAGGAGGAAGAGCAGGAGCUGGAGAAUGGGGAAGAAGGAGAAGAGGUGGUGGAGGGGGAAGUGGAGGAAGAAGAGGAAGACCCAGAAAGCAAAAAUGGACGAGUGUUGGGUGCUGCUGCGCAGAGAGUGGAGGCUGAGGAGGAGGAGGAGGGGGAGGUGCUGGAUAGACACAGAUGUCUGUUGGCCCUGGCAGCGCUGCGACACGCCAAGUGGUUCCAGGCUCGAGUGAACGGACUCAAGUCCUGCGUUAUCGUUCUCAGGAUACUAAGGGAUAUGUGCAAUAGACAUCCCAUCUGGGAACCUCUGAAGGGAUGGCCCUUGGAGCUUAUCUGUGAGAAAGCCAUUGCCACCUGCAACAGACCCCUUGGGGCAGGAGAAGCGCUGCGCAGAGUCAUGGAGUGUCUGGCCUCAGGCAUACUGCUCCCAGGAGGCCCAGGUUUACACGACCCGUGUGAGAAAGAGCCAACAAACACACUCGCCAGCAUGACUGACCAGCAGGCUGAGGACAUUACCUUCAGUGCACAGCAUGCUCUCAGGCUCAUGGCGUUCGGACAGAUCUACAAGGUGUUAGAGAUGGAGCCUCUUCCCUCAAAUAAACCAUCGCAGAAAUAUCCGUGGUCUGAUAAAGAAGGGUUAGGUUUGAAGAGGCCAUAUGAUGAUGGAGCAAUGGAUGACAAGGACCUCAUCAAGAAGAUGAAGAGGAAUCUAAGAAAAGUCCUGGACAGUAAAGCCAUAGACUCCAACCAACCAAUGAAUGCCCUGAUGCGGCUGAACCAGAUCCGGCCAGGGCUGCAGUACCGCCUGCUGUCCCAGUCAGGGCCGGUUCAUGCUCCAGUCUUCACCAUGUCUGUGGACCUAGAUGGAACAGUUUACGAAGCCUCUGGAUCCUCUAAGAAGACUGCAAAGCUUCACGUUGCAGUCAAGGUUCUCCAGGCAAUGGGCUACCCGACUGGAUUUGACUCAGACCUGGACCCCAUGAGUUCAGACGAGAAGUCGGACAGUGAGGGGAAGAGCGAGACCUCCUCGCACACUAGCAAUAACCCAACACACUCCUCGGACAGUUCCAACACACUUGAGGUGCGAACUCAGGGUCCCAUACUGACAGCGAGUGGAAAGAAUCCUGUCAUGGAGCUAAACGAGAAGAGAAGAGGCCUCAAAUAUGAGCUCAUCUCUGAGAGUGGAGGCAGCCACGAUAAACGCUUUGUUAUGGAGGUGGAGGUCGACGGGCAGAAAUUUCGUGGGGCAGGCCCCAACAAAAAGGUAGCAAAGGCCAGCGCUGCCCUAGCAGCUCUGGAAAAACUCUUCUCUGGUCCCAACGCAGCUGCAAACAAGAAGAAGAAGUUAUUGCCUCAAACCAAAGGAGCCCUGGCAGCAGCAGCAGCAGCCUCAGCAGUAGCAGCUCAGGUUGCCAGAGGAAGAGGAAGAGCGGCCCUAGCAAGAGGAGCCUUCGUCAGUGCAGCUGCACCUGGAUAUGUCACUCCAGGCUUUGGGACACCGUAUGGCUACAGCCCUGCUGCAGCAGCUGCUCCUGCGUACGGUGGUCUAUUUAUUGACAAUCCUUUCUACCAGCCGCGCACCAUCGCUCCUUUUAUCAUUCAUCUGGGUCCACAGGAUCUCUUCUCUGACUUCUAGAGGCAGCACAUUGUUGGAGGCGCUCUUCACACUUACCUGGCUGCACACAUGCCCAUCUGUUUCUCCGUCUAAUGCGGGCUGCCUUUGAAUCACAGCUGAUGGAUUCACACAUUCAGAACGGUUUCAGUUUGAUCAGUCUACUGACGAAACUUUCUUCCUGAGAAAAAAAGAAAAGGCAGAAACUAUCUGAACCAUCGACCGAGAGGCACAAAGCACCUCUUUCUGUUUCCUCGUCUCUUCACCCAGAUCAUCUCCUCAGAGGAGAGCGACUUUACAACAAGCAAUACUCGGAUUUUACGAGAAACGUUCAGCUGUGACCGUGCAGGGCUGGGCUGGUCUUUCUUAUAGCAAUACACCUGAACUCCUCUCUUUGAGCUUACUUAUUUACUUGAGAAGAUGUGAAUGUCCAACAAAGUUUUACCCAACACAGCAUUGCAAUAGCUUAUUUUGAUUGUAUAUUCAAUGUAUGUGUGCGUGUGGCUAUAAUAUAACAUAUAUAUACACACACACAUAUAUGUAUGGUGUAUUUCUAUAACAACGUGUUGACAAUAUUAGUAUAUGAUGAUGUAUUUAUGUAAAUACUCUAUAAAAUAUAACUAUUGUUGUUAUAAAUUAUUUUAGAAUUAUAAAGUGUAAUGUAACUGUAAUAUCACAGUAUAGCUUUCUUCCAAUUUUAUAUACACUGAGCAAUUGAAGCUAGUUCUAGGAGAGGCAAUAUUAUCUUUGGUAUUCCUAUAACCUGUGCUGUUAGAAUAAUAAUGCUUCCUUCUUUCCUUCCUUCCUACUUUUCCUCUAUCUUUGAUGUCUUUCUGAGCCUUUCCGAGCACGCUCUCUGCUGCCCGAGGUUUGUUUACACUGCCCGGACCAGAGGUGCUCGCUACUGAACACACUUAUAACCACACACUGACACAGACAAACGCACACUAUUCCUGUCAGAAAGCACAUUUUCUAUAGUCUCAUUGCUGGCAGGGAAUACUGUUGUUACAGUAUGUGUAUGCUUGGAUGUACACGCUCCUCCCUCUUCCAUUAAUGGACACACCACCACCUCGGCACAGAUCACACAUCAGCUCCGUCCCGCAAGCCUUAUAGGGACCAAAAGCACAGCUCACUGGCACUUCACUGUUUCUUCUUUCUGCAGACACACACAUUCACACACAUUGUUUCCUCCGGCUCUCUGUGGCUGUUCUCUGCUGAAAGUGAUGCUGCUGGUAGCGAAAUCACAUUAACAUCUUACAGGUUGGGAAAGAUACAAUACAAAUUAAUUUUUGGGACAGUUUUUUCACACAAUGUGAUUUGGGUCAUCAGGAGUUUGGACUGAGAAUGCAGUUUAAUCAUCGUUGUACAUGAACGUAGUUAGUAGUGUCAAAGCUGUCUUUGGCCUCAUGUUACCUUACCUGAAAAUAAUUUAAGUAUCAGAUUCGCAUUUGGUGUUCAGCUCAGUUGUAUAAGGGAAGAAAAAGUUCAAUCUGUGGAUACGGUCAUAGCCAUAUGUCUCUAAAUAUUGAGGCUAAGAUGACCAGGUCAAUGACCACAAACCUUUGACAUAAUUCUACAGUAAAGGAAGGCAAAUUAGCUUUUCAUGUCAUCCCAAAAUUUUGAGUAGUUGAUUGUGUAGUACUACUGUUAUAGCACAUUGUAAAUUUAUGUCAUAAAGUUACUGGCAGUUUAGGUAACUGUAAAUUCUAAAGCAGUUCAAUCAGAUUUUGUGUGGAUUUGAUUUUGCGGCAUCAAAUUAAGCACAAUCCGUCCAGAUCAGCUGAUAUCAGUGCCAGCCCACGUCUGCUGGUUAUACACAGCCAGUGGUUAAUCUCAUGUAAACUUCACUGUUUGAGGCUGUAGUCACUCAGACCUAGAGACUGGUAAAUGACCCCGUGGCUUAUGGUUGCUUUGGUUGCAGAUGAACCUCUCCCCUUUUUCAGUUUACAUGACACUUACUUCAUGUUCACUACCGCUUGGACAGCAGUCGGUUGAGUGUUUGCGGACAAAUCUGCUUCUGCACGCAAAUUAUAGGCAACCUGUUAGUGACGAAUUAAAAGGAGGUUUUCAGUACGUCACUCUGUCUGUGAUCGAUUUCACCGGGCAGUGGUCGUCAACCAUUCACUCAAUACACACGUUUCCCUAUCUAUGGAAGGUUGCCUGUCUCUAGGCUUGUGUGGCUUGUGCACCUCUGCAGGCCACUUUGCAAACCACUUUCACCCCCAAACCACAUUUCAUCAUGUAUCUGACUUAAUUAGUGUGUAUGUGAUCAAUAUGUUCGAUAGUUUAAGACUUUUCAUUGAUGGCUGAUCUGUACAAGGGAUCUUGCCCACAACACAAAAUGUAAAUCGCCGUUGCUGUGCAUGAUGUUUGGGGUUUUUUUUGUUUCUCACAUGGUUUUGGAGGGGUUUUUUUUAUCGCUGUUCUUUCUUAUUUUUAACCUUUAGUAGAACCAGUCAGCAGAAGCUACAAAAUGUGCAUCAAAAACCUUUGAUUCUCCUCACAUUCGCCUUGAUCUGGGCGCAAGUUUGAUCUCCUGUGUUUCUGCUGGCUUUGAUUCAACAAAAAAAAAGACAUCUGAGAAAAAGCCGAUAGACACAGCAUGACUCUAAAGUCAGCGUUUCUAAACAAUAAGCCGAAUUAGAGUGAGAUUUUUUUUGACAUUACUACGCUGAAAAUGAAAAGAACUUGACAAUUUUUGCAAGGAUGGUGAUAAUUGUCGUGCGACUGAGAGGUCGAGUAGCAAAAUGGAGGCUGUUGUGUACUUCCUGUUCCCAUAAUGUGUCUAUAAUCUGUAAUAUACAGUUAUUAAAUCUUCAAACUUUCAUUUACAGUUGUUUGAAAUCCUAAUGACAGCCUGGCUUUACAAGAGUAAAUAUUACUGCUCUGACAUGGAGCACAAUUAAGUUAAGAUGUCUCACACAAACUAGAUCUCGGUUUAUUAAUUGACUGUGGGUCUGUGCUGUGAAUGACUGUUUCUUGCUUUUCAAUCUUUUUAUAGUGGUUUUCCAUUAAAGAAGAGAGCUGCUCUUGUUUGAUCUCUAAAAGUGUAGAAUAAAGUUUAGAGCAGGCUUUGCUCUUACUUUUCAUUUACAUGUGAAAUUCACGUGGAGGUGAAUAACUUUGAGGUUAGCUGUGUGGAAACAGACCUCUAUCAGCUGAGAAUUUCUUGCCCUCCUCCCUGCCCUGCCUUCAUCUCCCCCUCUCUGCCCCUUUCUCACUCUCCAGAUGGCCCACAUUAAUAAGGCAGACAGUCAUACCUCAGUGAGCAACCUUUUCAUUUCCCCUCAGACUGUACAGACACAUUGGAGGAGUCACCCUGACUACUGACCCAGUCCUUUUAGUCUGUUGGCCGGACAACCGUAUUCAGACGAAGGGUGGCGAGGUUGAGAGCACAGAGAAAGCGGGUCAGUCUAAACCUGGCACAGGCAGCUUGGCGGGAAUGUGCAGGCAGUGGCUCCUCCAGUCAGCAGUAUUUUUUAUUUGUUGGGGAGGGAGCUGCUGUCUCCUAAAUGAUACCACCAUAUCUAAAAGCAUCAGUUUUCUUAGUAAUCUAGGAGAUGAGAAAUCUGCUUGAUGUUUCAGCUGAGAAAAUAUACUCCAAGUAUCCAAGUUGUUUGGGGAUUUAAAAGAAAUUAUCAAGAGAGAGAGAAAAAUAAGAAGAAAGAGGAAAAAAAUCGAAAUAUACUUAAAUAUAGUAUAUUGAGAGAUUGAAGGGAGGCUGACUGAUGAACUGACUAGAUAUCUUCCUCUUUUAUUAGGUCAGUAACAAAACCAGCCGUACUCCACCAAAGUGUCUCAGAAUAGAAAAUAUUGCAGUGACGUGUUUUUUCUGGAAACAAAAAAAACAACACUUAUGAGCGGCUUGAAAAGAAAUGUGUGAAUAAUGUUUUAGAACAUACUGGUUGUCUUUUCUGGAUUCCAGUCCCACUGAUGGAUGUCAUUACUACUCUAGUAGUCCCCAAGAUCACUAUAAACGAGUAAACAGCAGCACACAGACACAUCCCUGUUAUUCUACAUCUACACUGCCUCUGGUGGGCGUUCAACAAAAACUACACCUGUAAAUCUAAAAAGCACAAAAGACGCACGAGCAAUACACUCACGCAUUGUACUCAGGGCUACCUGACACGCACGUGUAUGCAACAAGACAAACACACACACACAGAAGCACACAUGUACUCAAAUGUGUAAAUAUUUCAGCUUUUACCGACAAUAACAGCCAAGCGCACUGAGUCGACAUGACACUCUUUGCUCCAUGGAUUGAGUAUUUGUGAACUAUGUGAGUCACACAAGUGGUUGGACCUUGUUUGUACAUUAGGAUAUGAGCCAUGUAUAGCUGAGAAAACACACCCACACCUGCUCCAUUUAUUAGUGCUUUAUACUAGGCUGUCUGUAGCACUGCACAUACAUUGCUUUUUUGUUGAAAUGGCAGUUACCUGUGUGAUAAAUUAAGCUAUCAGAAGAAAAGAAGAAAGAGUGUUGUCUCCAAAAAGUGGCAACACAUGCAGGAGCUUUGAGUGUUUAAAUUCUGAGAUAGGUUCAAUGGUUUAAGAGAUCGGAGAGAUUUUGCUCCCCGUUUAUAUCUGGAGAUAUAGCCAUGUUUCCCAAAGGCCCCUCUUCUCCUCCUGCCAGGUCAAAAAGGAAAAUGCAUGAAUGCCUUUGGAAAACAAGGAGGUUUUUUUUUUUUUUACUACACGAUGGGAUUCAUCUCCACACCAAAGACUACGAAGCCUUUGCUGCACAAAUCUGAUCAUCCUGCAGUCUCAGAAGUGAGAGAUGUGAUCUGUCUAGACAGUUAUGAAAUGUCAGGAAAAAAGGUGGGGAAACGAAUGCUCUCCUGUGUGUAAAUCUGAAAGAAAACCUGUCUUGCUUACUCUUGCAUUAGCACAGAAAGUUGGGGUUUAAAUCUGGGGAUCAUGCUAAAUUUGUCUGGAAGCAACGAGAGAAGUGCCGUAGGAAGACCCGGAAAGUCCAUCUGCAAGUGAUUCUGAAACUCUGCAGAGCUGCAGAAAUAGAUCCCGGAUUAUGUUUCCACUGCUUAGGCACAGACUAACUGCAGAACAGAUCAUUUUCUCUGGGUGUGUGCGUUUAUGUCAGAGGGUGGGGCGAUGGGGUAUGUAUUAACACACCCACAUGCAGACGCAUGCAUACACACAUACAUAUACAGCACUGCAGUCACAUCAAGCAUGUUGUUGCAUACUUCCUGGGCAUAAUUCAUGGAUUGUUCACGUCCAUCGUCCUCCUGAUAAAUGAAGUCUUUUGGUUGGGAAUGUACACAGUUGUUAUGGUGAUUGUAGAGUAGAAUGUAUUUACUCGUAUAAAGAGUAAACUUGUUUUUUGUAGAGAAGCAUAUAUACAGAAUAUAUAUGGAUAAAUACAUAUAUAUACAUCUAUAUAUCUUUUGAACUACUUGUGUGUAAGGGUUGUUUUGGGUGCAUCUACCCUGUUAGGAUUCAUAUUUCUUUUUCCCCCUUUUUUUAAUUUUUAAUAAUGAUGUUUUGGCAAAAAUAGCAUCUCAUGAGUGAUGAUUGUUUUCUUUUUCCUGUAAAUAUCUUCCUUUUUUUUUUGUCUUUGACCAAAAGGGGAAUAAAAUACACCGUUUUAUGAUGCUGCCUAUGAAUUUAUGAAGUGAUAUCUGCUCACAGAAUCUAUUUGUUCCAUUAAAUGAUCAAAGUUACAUUUUGUGAAACUCUACAAGGUUCUGCUUAACAGAGGCCACUGAUAAAGAAUGACAAGCGUGAUUUGAACUCGCUGUAUAGUUUGUUUUAAUUAGUAGCAGCAUUAACAUCAGUGAUGAUCUGUGGUUGUCACUGUUCUUGACAUACAGUAACCAAUGCUUGAUGAACUGAAAAUAAAACUGAGAAAG